AUUACAGUACAUCUACACGGAAGAGAUUCCCUCGGCGCCGUUGCAACAGUUGGGUGACCUCAUUUGCCUCGGACACUUGGUCACUUUAUUGCUGUUGUCGGACAUGGUGGUUAAGCGAAAUCAGUACGGCCUCACAGCUUUGGCCGAAAGCUGCGCGGAGCGACUGUCUUCCAUGCUUUCUGCGCAGAAUGUGGUGCAAGUGCUACAAGUCCUGGGAAGAAACGAAGGUAUGUCAGUCUCGCUUGGACAGAUCUUGGAGCAGACCACGGCCAAGGUUUCCAGAGAUCCGGAGCUUAUGAGAGCCAUUGUGAGCCAACUCUGCAAGAUUCCAGGCGAAGAAUCGCCCAACAAAUGGGUCACGCCGAGGCGCCUCAAAGUGGACGACCAUGGCCGCUUUCGUGGUCCCGAUGGUCGCGUGCAGAUCUUCCACGGCCUCAACGUGGUGCAGAAGAGAGCCUUUGACCCGUUCAGUUCCCUGAAUGCAGAGGAUAUGGCCAAUCUCCAGUCCUGGGGCUUCAACGCGAUCCGGCUCGGAGUGAUGUGGCCUGGUGUGGAGCCGGUUGAGGGCCAAUACAAUCACACCUACCUGCAGGUGGUUCGACAGCUGGUGGAUGACUUGUACAGCCAUGGCAUUUGGACCAUCGUAGACUUCCAUCAGGAUGCUUUUACCGAACGUUUCUGCGGAGAAGGGGUGCCAGACUGGCUUUUGCCGAAGUUGGAACCCAUCCAGAGGACUUGCUCUGGCUGGUUGCCCGAGGUGGCGAAAAUCUUUGGGCAGUGCAAGUCCUUUGCUGAUCUGAAUUACAGCACCGAUCCGAAGACAGGUUUCCCCAACACAAGUGACUGCCUGAGCAUUGGUUUUGAUCAAUAUUCAAGGACACCAGAAGUUGUGACCUCGUGGGGACAUUUCUUCUCUUAUGAGUCGAUCCAGCAGAAAUUCCACGGCUUUUGGAGGGUCGUGGCAUCGGCGUUGAAAGAUUCUGCAGGUGUUCUGGGCUAUGACCUGGUGAAUGAGCCCUUGAACGGUGACUAUUUCCAUGAGGUGGAUCUCUUAAAACCAGGUCUGGCAGAUCGAACUUUGCUGCAACCGCUUUAUGCCAGCGUUGGCCAAGUGAUUCAUGCGGAGGACCCAGGAGCCAUCCUGAUGUACGAGCCGGACACACUGCCAGCCUAUCUGCCUUUGGCCGGCGGAGUACGCCCUGUUGGCUUCACUCGUGGCCCCAGCAGCAACAGCACGCAGGCCUUGUCCUACCAUAUCUACUCUUGUGGCUUUGCGACAAACAAGUGCAACCGGAAGGGCGACCUUCCCUCCGAAGACUGUCCCAUUUGUGAUGAAAUGGCCUCAUCUGCUGUCGCGACGAGAGAGGCCGACGCACGGCGCUUGGGUGGUGGUGCUUUCAUGACGGAGUUUGGCGCGUGCUCAGGGACUCCCAUUUGCCUCUCCGAGAUAAAACGCAUCACAGAUCGGGCCGAUCGCGCUCUCCACUCCUGGGCCUACUGGCAGUUCAAGUACAGUCAUGACAUUACCACCGUCGCGGGACCGGAGGAAGGUUUCUACAACCUCGAUGGAUCCCUGCAAGAAAGCAAGGUAAAGGCGUUGUCACGGACCUAUGCGCAAUUCAUUGCUGGCUCUCCAUCCACCAUGCGAUACGAUGCGGAGACGGGGGCUUUCCGCCUUCAAUACGUCACCACUGAGAUCACCAAGGGCGCCACCAAAAUCUUUUUGAACGAGAAGAUGAAUUAUCCCCGGGGCGUCCAGUUCAAUGUGCUCAAUGGCACCGGCAUCCGGCAUCAAAAUGAAGUGCAGGUUCUGGCAGAUCCAGGUCGUGAAGUGGACGUGGCCCUGGUCCGGGAGACCUUGGGUCCCUUCCAGGGCAGCUUUUCUUCCAAGGGAGGUGCGGCUGCGCGGCUGCGCGGCUGCGCGGCUGCGCGGCUGCGGCUCCCGGCAUGGUGCUGGAAUAUUUACCUACAAUUCACUGGGUGA